AUGGACGAAGCGCUGAGGCGCCUCAACGGCAUGUCCCCCCUUCCCGAACCACCUUCCAACAAACCCACCAAGCGGACCCUGCGAGACACCAGCACUGCGCCAGCUGCCGGAGCCGUCAGGUACCGUGGCGUCAGGCGGAGGCCAUGGGGCCGUUACGCCGCCGAGAUAAGGGAUCCUCAGUCCAAGGAGCGCCGUUGGCUGGGGACUUUCGACACCGCAGAGGAAGCCGCCUGCGCCUACGACUGCGCUGCCAGAGCCAUGCGUGGCCUUAAGGCCAGGACCAACUUUGUGUACCAUACUUCACCUCCUCACUCUUCUUCCAUCACCGUCACUAACAACCAUAACAAUCUCCUUAACCUCCAUAACCACCUCUUCACUCAUAACCAGUUCAGUUUCCUUAAUCAUCAUAACCAACUCUUCAACGGCCAUAACCGCCACUUCGGGGGUUGUUGGUCUGACCCUUCUUCUUCAACCUUCCAACAACAGCGAAACCUUCACUCCAUCGACAUGCUUCUCCAGGACUUUAUAGCCUCUUCUUCCCCCGACUAUUUAUGCGACACCAAGGGCAGUUUUGUCAAUUCACAUCCUGUAAAUGUUGCUAAUAACUACAGCGCACCUUGUUCUGACACAAGCCAUGUCGGUUGUGGCAGUGGAAGCAAGAUCGAUACUACUACUACUACUACUACUAAUAAUAAUAAUAAUAAUAAUCAAGCUGAUCAUGGUGGUGGCGACGAAGACUCAAAGGAGCAAUUGUAUGAAGGUUCAGAGUCGUCAGGCUUGUUGGAAGAAAUAGUUAAUGGUUUCUUGAAGAAAAAGCCAAAGCUCAACAAAUGCGAGAGAUCGUUAGGUACCAGUACCACUGCUACAGACGGUUCAUGCCACUUGUCACUUCUUCCGCCUCCUCUUCCUCUGGUUGUUUCCGGCGAGUCGAAGAGAGACGAUGGUUUCGGCGUGCAUUUGGAUCAGCAGGGUUUACAUUACAUGCAGCAGAUCAGUGGUGGUUUCAAUAAUGAUUUUAGCAAUAUGGUUAUGCAGCCUAACAUGCCUCUUCAAGAGAAUGACAACCAAAUGAAGAUGAUGAUGUUGAAUAAUGAUAAUAAUCAUGCAGAAGUAGAUUGCUCUAUCAUAGACAACAUUUUUCAGGAUGCAUAA